GCCUGACCGCCGAGGAGAUGGACGAGCGCCGGAGGCAGAACGUCGCCUACCAGUACCUGUGUCACCUGGAGGAAGCCAAGCGCUGGAUGGAGGGCUGCCUGAGCGAGGAGCUGCCCCCCCCCACGGAGCUGGAGGAGAACCUGCGCAACGGGGUGCUCCUGGCCAAGCUGGGCCACUGCUUCGCCCCCGCCGUGGUCCCCCUGAAGAAGAUCUACGACCGCCAGCAGACGCGGUACAAGGCAGCCGGCCUUCACUUUCGGCACACGGAUAACAUCAACCACUGGCGCGACGCCAUGAGCCACGUGGGGCUUCCCUCGAUCUUCCACCCGGAGACCACCGACAUCUACGACAAGAAGAACAUGCCCCGCGUCAUCUACUGCAUCCACGCGCUCAGCUUGUACCUCUUCAAGCUGGGGCUGGCUCCUCAGAUCCAGGACUUGUACGGGAAAGUGGACUUCACGGAGGAGGAGAUCAACAACAUGAAGCGGGAGCUGGAGAAGUACGGCCUGCAGCUGCCUGCCUUCAGCAAGAUCGGGGGCAUCUUGGCCAACGAGCUCUCGGUGGACGAAGCAGCAGUCCAUGCCGCGGUGCUGGCCAUCAACGAAGCAGUGGAUCGGGGGGUGGUGGCCCAGACCAUGGUGGCCCUCCACAACCCCAACGCGAUGCUCCUCGACCUGCGUGAGGCUCUGGCGGGUGCCUACCAGGAGGUGCUCCACCGGGCGAAGCUGGAGAAGGGCAGCAAUGCCAGGAACAGGUGUCUGCAGGUGAUCCCCGAGGGAGAGGACAUCUACGACCAGUGUCUGACCCAGGCUGAAAUCCAAGGGAACAUCAACAAAGCGAAUGUGCACGGGGCUCUAGAGGAGGUGGACGAUGCUCUGGAGAGCCAGGACGCUCCGGCGCUGUACCGCGCGCUGCAGGACCCCGUCCUGGCCCUGCGCUGCCUCCAGCGGGACAACCUCCACCGCUACUUGGAGCAGCUCAGCAUGGACCGGGAGCAGAAGGCGCUGGAGCUGGGCUACGUGGACCUGCUGGAGCCGGAGGAGGUGGAGGCGGGGAUCCUCGCGGCGAACAAGAAGGGCGAGGAGGAGCGAGCCAUGCUGGGGGCCGUCAGCCGGAUCAACGCGGCCAUCCGUCGAGGGAUGCCAGCCGAAACAUUGGAAGCGCUGAUGGACCCGGCAGCGCAGCUGCCCGCCGUGUACCCGCUCGCCGCCCCCCUGUACCAGCUCCAGCUGGCCCUGCUGCAGCACCAGCACCCACGGGGUGAGCUGGUGCAGGAGGAGCUGUUUGUGGCUGUGGAGAUGCUUUCGGCCGUGGCGCUGGUUAACCGAGCCUUGGACGCCGGGGAUGCCGACGGGCUCUGGAGCAGCCUGGUCAGUCCUGCCCUGGGGCUCGCGGGUGUCGAGGAUGGAAAUGCGCAGCGGUAUUUUGAGGACUUACUGCAGCUGAAAGGCCAAUCUCGGGAAGUGGGAGCCGAGUUCCUGAGCUGGAAUGACAUUCAGGACAGCGUGACCAACACCAAUUCAUCCGUGCAAGGCGAAAACGACCGCGUCCUCGCUGUGCGGCUGAUCAACGAGGCGCUGGCGCAGGUGGACCCCGAGAAGACGCUGGCGGCAUUGCUGCUGCCAGCGGCCGCCCUGUCUGACGUCGCCCUCCCGACCGCUCGGCGCUACCAUGACGUCCUGGCCCGGGCACGAAGGCUGAAAGCCCAGGCCACAGAGGAUGAUGGAGCUGUGCUUUGGUGGGAGGAGAUCCAGGAAGGGGUCUGCAGGGCCAACCAGGACACAGUGGCAGCCAGGAGGAUGGCUCUGGGCACCGCUGCCAUCAACCAGGCCAUCAAGGAGGGGAAGGCGACGCAGACGUUACGGGUGCUGCACAACCCCGACGUGGCCCUGUGCGGCGUGGUGAGCGCCUGCGCCGCGGCGUACCAGGAGCAGCUUGCGGCUGUGAUGGCCACCAAGAGACAAGCAGGGAACGCGAAGCCGUGCUGGAUCCAGCACAAGCUGCCGGAUGGUGCCGAGUUCUACCUGAGCCUGCAGACCUUCGAGGGCAGCUGGCAGCGCCCGCGCGACGGCGGCCUCAACACCACGCACCUGAGCCGGGAGGAGAUCCAGUCGGUCAUCACCCGAGUGACCGCGGCGCACGACCGGGAGCGCCUGUGGGUGUCCAACGUUGCCUUCGUGGUGAGGCUGCAGGCUCGGCUGCGGGGCUGGCUGGUCCGUCGGGAAUUCGCGGCGCGGCGGCAUGUCCUGCGGGAGCAGUGGCCGGCUGCCAUCAGGAUCCAGGCUUGUUGGAGAGGGUACAAGCAGCGCAGAGCUUACCAGGAGAGGCUGCGCUACCUGCACGCCAACGCAGACGCUGCCGUAAAGAUCCAGGCAGGCGUGAGGAUGUGGCAGGCGCGGAGAAAGUACCAGGAGAGGCUGCGCUACUUCAGGAAGAACAUUAAAGCUGUAAUUAAAAUCCAGGCUUUCGUGCGAGCUAACAAGGCCCGUGGGGAUUACAGGAUGCUGGUCCACGCCAGGAACCCACCGCUGAGCAUCGUCCGGCGCUUCAUCCACUUGCUGGAGCAGAGCCAGCAGGACUUCUGGGAGGAGUCGGAGGUGCUGCGGCUGCAGGAGGAGGUGGUGAAGAGGAUCCGCGCCAGCCGGCAGCUGGAGAGUGACCUGGACCUCAUGGACAUCAAGAUCGGGCUGCUGGUCAAGAACAGGAUCACGCUGCAGGAGGUGGUGUCCCACUGCAAGAAGCUGACCAAGAAGAACAAGGAGCAGCUCUCUGAGAUGAUGUCCAUAGACAAGCAGAAGGGGCUCAAGUCGCUCAGCAAGGAGAAGCGGCAGAAGCUGGAGGCCUACCAGCAUCUCUUCUACCUGCUGCAGACCCAGCCUGUGUACUUGGCCAGGCUGAUCUUCCAGAUGCCCCAGAACAAGUCCACCAAGUUCAUGGAGUCGGUGAUCUUUACACUUUACAACUAUGCGUCCAACCCACGGGAGGCUUACCUGCUGCUCCAGCUCUUCAAAGCAGCGCUGCAGGAGGAGAUCAGGUCCAAGGUGGAUCACGUCCAUGAUAUCCUGACGGGGAACGCCACGGUGAUCCGGCUGGUGGUCAGCUUCUACCGCAACGCCCGCGGGCAGAAUGCCCUGCGGCAGAUCCUGGGUGGCCCCGUGCAGGAGGUCCUGCAGGACAAGACCCUCAGCAUCCGCACCAACCCUGUGGACAUCUACAAGGCAUGGAUCAACCAGACCGAGUCACAGAGCGGGCAGAAAAGCAAGCUCCCGUACGAGGUCAGCCCUGAGCAGGCUCUCAGCCACCCUGAGGUCCAAAGGCGGCUGGAUAUUUCUGUCCGCAACCUCCUCAUGAUGACGGACAAGUUCGUCUCUGCCAUCACCUCUUCCGUAGACAAGAUCCCCUAUGGGAUGCGUUAUGUGGCCAAAAUCCUGAGGACAUCCUUGGCUGAGAAAUUCCCCAGGGCCUCGGUGGAGGAGAUUGACAAGACUGUGGGGAACCUGCUCUACUACCGCUUCAUGAACCCGGCGGUGGUGGCCCCCGACGGCUUUGACAUCGUAGACAUCUCGGCUGGGGUGAGCCUGCAUCCCGACCACCGCCGCAACCUGGGCUCCAUUGCCAAAGUGCUGCAGCACGCGGCUGCCCACAAGGCCUUUGAUGGGGAGAACGCGCACCUCUGCGGGGUGAACCGGUACCUGGAGGACACCCACAAGAAGUUCAGGAGGUUCAUCUCUGCUGCUUGCUGUGUCCCUGAGCCGGAAGAGAGGUUUAACAUGGACGAGUACUCGGAGAUGGUGGCAGUGGCCAAACCAGUCAUCUACAUCACGGUGGGGGAGCUCGUCGACACGCACAAACUCCUGCUUGAGCACCAGGACUCCAUUGCGCCGGACCACGGAGACCCCCUGCACGAGCUUCUGGAAGACCUUGAGGAGCUUCCUACGGUCCAGUCCCUUGUCGGGGAGAGCGUGGCCAGCCCGGUGGACGGCAGCGCCGAGCAGGCGCUCUCCCAGCUCAGCAAAAUGGAGAUGUCCCUCACCCUCACCAGCAAGCUGGUCCCAGCAGCCAGCAGUGAGGAGAGUGAUGCGAGGAGCUUGCUGCUGAGCACCAAGCAGAUGCUGGUGGACAUCAUCCAGUCCCAGCCUGGAGAUUCCCUUACAGAAAUCCUGUGGACACAGGCCUCGGAGCAUGAGGAAGCGUCCCAUGACCACCUCAUGCACAGGCGAGCGCUGCGGGACGCCCAGACCCCUGCCAAGCUGAAACGCAACCGCUCCCUGGCUGCUAACAGCCAACUGUCCAUGGAGGAGAAGAAGCGCAAGAUCAUCCGCAACCUGCGGCGCUUGGAGAGCCUGGGGCUGGUGGACUCUGCCCGUCAGUACCAGGAGCUCAUCGAUGAGCUGGCCAAGGACAUCCGCAACCAGAGGCGUUACCGGCAGCACCGCAAAGGGGAGCUCCUGAAGCUGAGACAGACCCUGGAGGGCCUCAACGCCAAGACCUUGUUUUACGAGGAGCAAAUUGAUUAUUACAACCAGUACAUCAAGACCUGCCUCGACAACCUGGCAGCCAACAAGGUCAGCGGGAAGAACAAGAAGCUGCAGUCGCUGCACUACACGGCGGCCCGGCUGUUCGAGAAGGGGGUGCUGCUGGAGAUCGAGGACUUGCCGCUCAGCCAGUUCAGGAACGUGAUUUUCGACAUCAUCCCGUGCGAGGAAUCGGGCAGGUUCCAGGUGAAAGCCAAAUUCAUGGGGAUUGACAUGGAGCGGUUCCAGCUGCACUACCAGGACCUGCUGCAGCUGCAAUACGAGGGCGUAGCCGUCAUGAAGAUGUUCGACAAGGCCAAAGUCAACGUCAACCUGCUCAUUUUCCUCCUCAACAAGAAGUUCUUCAAGAAGUAACGGGGUUGGGGGGGGAAAGGGGGUUAUGGGGGGGUGGGACAGACCUGCCAAAGCGAAGCUUUCCUGCCCCCAUCCCGCGUGUUUUGAGCAGCCGCAGCAGCCGGCGCCCGGCUGGGGAGAGCAGCGGGUUCGGAGCUCAGCCUUGGGCAACCCCGAAUCGGUGUUGGCUAGAGGCUGGCCAGGAGCCCCCCCGCCCCCCAACCCCUGCGGCUCGCGCAGGCGUGAGCCGGGACCCGACCCUCCCCGCAGGAAGGAUGCGGCUGCCGCAGCUUUUGCAGAGCACGUAGCUUCUGGGGGAGAAAAAAAAAAAAAAAAAAUUCUCGGGUUUUUUGGUGGGUAUUUUGG